AUGCUGUUCUUCACCCUGCUGCUAGAGGUGCUUUGGAUCCUGGCUGCAGAUGGCGGUCAACACUGGACUUACGAGGGCCCACAUGGUCAGGACCAUUGGCCAGCCUCUUAUCCUGAGUGUGGAGGCAAUGCCCAGUCCCCCAUCGACAUCCCGACGGACAGUGUGACAUUCGACCCCGAGCUGCCUGCUCUGCAGCCUCAUGGAUAUGACCAGCCUGGCACUGAGCCUCUGGACCUGCACAAUAAUGGCCACACAGUGCAACUCUCUCUGCCCCCUACCCUGUAUCUGGAAGGAUUUCCCCGAAGAUAUGUAGCUGCUCAACUCCACUUGCACUGGGGUCAGAAAGGAUCCCCAGGGGGGUCGGAGCAUCAGAUCAACAGUGAAGCCACAGCUGCAGAGCUCCACAUUGUACAUUAUGACUCUGAUUCCUACAACAACUUGAGUGAAGCUGCUCAGAAGCCUCAGGGCCUGGCUGUCCUGGGCAUCUUAAUUGAGGUGGGAGAGACCAAGAAUCCAGCUUAUGAGCAUAUUCUGAGUCACCUGCAUGAAAUCAGGCACAAAGAUCAGAAGACCUCAGUGCCUCCCUUCAACCUGAGAGGGCUGCUCCCCCAACAGCUGGGGCAGUUCUUCCGUUACAAUGGCUCACUAACCACGCCCCCUUGCUACCAGAGUGUGCUCUGGACAGUCUUCAGUGGAAGGGCCCAGAUUUCCAUGGGCCAGCUGGAAAUGCUCCAGGAGACAUUGUUUUCCACUGAAGAGGGGCCCUCCAAGCUCCUGGUACAGAACUACCGAGCUCCUCAGCCUCUCAAUCAGCGAACAGUCUUUGCCUCUUUCAUUCAAGUGGGAUCCAUAUAUACCACAGGUGAAAUGCUGGGUCUAGGUGUGGGAAUCUUGGCUGGCUGUCUCUGCCUUCUGCUGGCUGUUUAUUUCAUCGCUAGAAAGAUUCGGAAGAAAAGGCUGAGAAGCCAGAAGAGUGUAGUCUUCACCUCAGCACGGGCCACCACUGAGGCAUAGUCUCCAUCUCAGACAUCCUGGAUGCCUUCUCCUCACGCCUAUCAGGGAGCUUCUAAAAUGGGGAGCAGGGAUUGGCCACAAAUCCUGUAGGAGUAGCAGGUAGACAGCCCCCCUGCCUCUGGACACCCCCUUCAGAGAGGCAGGGGCCCAGGUUCUCAAUCAACAACAGCAGAGCCUUCACCCUGUCCAAACGCGUGGGAGAUGGGGAGACCCUGUGUCGUCAGUGCAGAGGCCAACUUUGUGCGUAGCUGUAGGGGAAUCCCGAAGUGCCCCGACUCCCCCACCUUUCUGUCCCUUCCCCUAGGUGUACUGCAGGGUCUGCUCUUAGCACAUGGGCUGCUGUUGUUCUAUUUUUUUGCUCGGUAUAUUUGGAAAUUAAAAGUUUCUGACUCCACCUCUGACGGGAGAGUUCCUUAGUCUCUCAGACGAUGGAGAUGCGCAUGCGCAAAGGAUGGCGCGCGGGGUUGGGGGCCCGCCAAGGGUGAUUAACUCCUUCCAUCCCAUUCCUGGAAGGGAAGAGCCACUUCUGGGAAAAUAGCUGAUGUGUUACAUUCCCAGUCUAGGUUUCUGCCCUGGAACCGAAGCCGUGCCUGGAGGAGGCCAGGGACUGCCA